AUGCCCGGCGGCGGCGAGCAGCAGCAGCAGCAAAACAGGCCGCAGCAGCAACAGCAGCAAAACAGGCCGCAGCAGCAGCAGCGGCAAAACAGGCCGCAGCAGCAGCAGCAGCAGCGAAAGAGGCCGCAGCAGCAGCAGCAGCAGCAAAACAGGCCGCAGCAGCAGCGAAACGGGCCGCAGCAGCAGCAGGUGCAGAAAAACAGACCGCAGCAGCAGCAGCAGCAGAACAGGCCGCCGCAGCAGCAGCAGCAAAACAGGCCGCAGCAGCAGCAGCAGCACACUCGCCUUCUUUGUCUUCUUUGCCCAGGACAAUCUGCCUCUUGGGCGGCUGCACAGCAGCUGUCUGUACACCCCACGGGCCCUCCAACCCCACUUCAUAUUCCGUCCCUCCCCGAAGUCCCCGCAGCGCAAAACGGCCCCAGACGUCUACUCCACUCGUCUCCCGAUCCCCACUGGAGCUUGCUGCCUGCACCGCAGCAGCAGCAGCAGCAGCAGCAGCAGCGGGCAGUGGAGAGGGUGCUGGCGUACUUGAGGGCGGAGAGCCGGGAGCUAGUGACUGGGCCUGUGUGUGGCGGCGUGGCUGCUGAUGCUGCUGUUACUGCUGCUGCUGCUGCUGCUGCUGCGUCUUACGUAGACUGUGACGGCUUGGUGUGCGUCCUGCGCGCCCCCCACAAUGCGGACAGUGCCUGUACAGUCGAAAGCUGUUUUCGUGGCUUUCAGGUGUACGUAGAGCUCCUGGCCCUCAGCCACUUCCAAGUCCAUUUGGGGAGGAGAAAAGGCGUGGCUGCGGAGUGCAGCACGGAGUGUGUAGACACCUGGAGGCAGCAGCGGGAAGGUGGCGGUCCCGCUGGCGCUGCUGCGGCGGCGCUGCCGCUGAACCGCGCCGCUGCUGCUGCUGCUGCUGCUGCUGCUGCUUGUCGGCUCUUUCUCUGUCAGAGUCACCACGGCGCCCCCUAG